UAACUCUAACAGCAACAGUUCUUAGUUCUGCUUAUAGCGCCACAUUUUCUUCCUCUGUACCUGGAUAGUGCCACAGCCGUGUGUCUUACCCAAGCAGCUGCCACCUGACACUGUACUCUCCUCUUAUGUCCGCGUCAUAGUAAAUGCCUCUGUGCAAAUGUAUUCCAUGUUGUGGUUUACCCGGGUAUAAAAGUAUAAAUAUUUUGAUUUUAACCGAUUGUAGAGCAUAAAGAUUUGGUAUCAGCGGUAUCAAUAUAUCAGUACAGUCACACACAGACAGUCUACACUCAGAACCGUUUCUUAGGGUUAGAUAUUACCUAACUUUACAAAUUCCUAAAGCCUGAAUUCAAUCUGUUGUCUUGGUACUAAAGGUCGAGCAGCAGCUGCUAAUUACGCGGUCACUGAAAAAAACUAAUGAUCAUUAUAUAGCAUAUCCACAAUCUGGAACAGGCUGAGGGGUAAACCUGCAAGGCACAAAGUUUAAAAUAUAUCACUGUGUUAUUAAAUCAAAUCACUGGAUUGUACUUCUGGUUUCAUAGGAUUCCCUCAGAUGAAGCUCACAUAAAAAGCAUUGUUAUCGUGUACUGUACUUGAAUUUACGAAAAUCUUUUGGCAAUUGAAUUACCAAAAAUGUAUCCCUUGCGCCACUACUAACUAACUUUUUUAAUGUAUUUUUUUAAAGCACACACAAAAAAGGAUAAAGUAUCUAUAAUAUACCCACUUCCUCAUCACAAUCAUGUCUAAUUGUUUUAAAGAGACCUGUUAAUUUGCAUCAGGGCAUGAGCAGUCUAUAUGGCUGUUCAAAAUACUUGCUUCAUAAAAACGUUCUAAACACUCUGGUUUACACACCCCGGUGCGUGGGAGUGUUGUGUGUUUGUGUCUGUGGCGUGUUGGAAGUGACGCACCCAGCAGCAUGUGGAUAAGAAGCAAGUCAUAGCACAGCGGCGAGAACAAAUAAGUGAAUAUGAACUGUAAGCCUUGCCGUGCUUAACAACACUCCCUGGUACCUGCGAUUCCUUGAUUGGUUCCUGGUCAUUCUCUAUUUUGUUCAUAUUUUGGAACACAUUUCCCCAACAAAAACAAUGAAAUAAUAUAUUCCAUAUUCAAUUAUACAGGCAGAGUUUUAUGUAACAUUCUAAUAUUCCUAACUGUCAUGCCAUGACACUUUUGUGCACUUUUGUCGCUCGCUACUCCUAUGUUGCAAUAAGUUACAUUUUCUAAAUUAUCUUUUUGCCAUCACUGAUACCCUUCUGUGUACUGGUCCCCACACCCCUUGUCCUUUUUUUUUUUUUUUUUUUUUUUGCCCCCAUUGGGAAAGUGAAAACAUGUUAAACCACCCUGGAGUUUGUAUUUUAGCAACGGAAUCUUUGUUUAUGAUUAGUGGCGUCUAAGCUGUAAUCACAGCAGUAAAUCUUUGCCACUUAAGACACCAACAAUCAGGUUUCUAAGUGACAGCGUGCCUAUUGUUAUUUUCCAGUGAUCACAAGAAAAUGUGGUGAGCAAUAGAAGGUGGAGCUUCUUUCCCCUCUGAUUCACUGUGCGUAGCAUGCGAGUGAAGCAUGCGUGGUGUCUACAAGUUUUCACUGUAACACAAUGUUCCAUAGAAACAGAAAUGUAAAUUGAAGGAAGGCUAAACAGAGAUGGAAGACCGGAACAACUCAUCAUACUUUAAUUUUCUCUCAGGAUUUCUCCUGACAACAAACACGUUUUUCCCCCCAGCAUCCAAAGAAAUUCUAUUUUACAGAUCAUAUGAAAAUAAGUUCUCUCUCUUGGAAAAAUGUCCCUUUUUUCAAAACAUAAACCGGAUCCUUAAACCAACCAUCCAUUUUCUGUAGCGCUUAUCUUCAUUAAGGUCACAGGUGUGCUGGAACUUGUGCCAGCUGACUUAGGGUGAGAGGCGGGGCACACCCUUGACUGCUCGCCAAACCAUUGCAGGGCACAUAUAGACAAACAAAGAUUAAACAACCAUUUGCACUCAAGUUUAGUUUAAAGUCUUUUCUCAUGUAGAGUUGUACAGAUGAGGCCAGGUGAACCUCUGCAAAAUAUUUGUGGCUUGGAAGCACAUAUCUUGUCAAAUGUUUCCAGUGUUGAUAAGUCACUGCUUAUACAAUGUAUAAAUGGGCACCGUGCCUUUGGAAAUGUUCAAAGUGACUGACUCCAUGAUUGCCUUCUCUUUUGUCCAUCCAUCCAUCCAUUUUCUACCGCUUAUCCGAGGUCGGGUCGCGGGGGCAGUAAGUUUAGCAGGGACGCCCAGACUUCCCUCUCCCCAGCCACCUCAUCCAGCUCUUCCGGGGGGAUCACGAGGCGUUCCCAGGCCAGCCGAAGGACGUAGUCUCUCCAGCGUGUCCUGGGUCGUCCCCAGGGUCUCCUCCCGGUCGGACGUGCCCGGAACACCUCACCGGGGAGGCGUCCGAAUCAGAUGCCCCAGCCACCUCAUCUGGCUCCUCUCGAUGUGGAAGAGCAGCGGGUCUACUCUGAGAUCCUCCCGGAUGACCGAGCCUCGCUCCCUAUCUCUAAGGGAGAGCCCGGACACCCUGGGGAGGAAACUCAUUUCAGCCUUCUCUUUUGUGUCAAACACAUCUGAGAGUUUUCAAGGGUUUGCUGUUCCAACACCCAGGGUCCCAGUCCUCCCCACUAUCAGUGGUCCAAAGGUCAAUGGUGCAGUCUAUGGAGAUCAAUUAUCCUAUGGAUUAGUGGAGGAAGACAUAUUGGUUCCUCCUCCUCCUUCCUCAGCCCCUCCCCCACCUCCAGAGAUGUUUAUUCUCCCUCCACCUGACUUCUUGGGUUACCUAAGCAGUUUAGAGAUGGCUGCCUUUCAGUCCCCUCCUACACCUGCUCCAAAGCCUCCCCUCAAGGAAGAGAAAAAUUGUCGCAUCAUAAAACCCCCACCAAUGGCCCCACCAAAGCCUCCAUCUACAGGUUCCAGUAGCUCUGCGUCUUCCACUCCCCUUUCAAAACCGUCCCCAGCUAAAGUUCCCAAACAUCCAACUUUUCCCCCACCGCUUCCUCCUACCAAAAGGCAGCAGAACACCUUAAAAACGCCUCCUCCGAAACCCAUUAGACUCUCAUCUAUGGCCAACCUCGACUCCCCACCACAGAUUCCUGCCCCGCCUCCUCCUGUGCAGACUCCCACACAGUCAACCUUCAAUCCCCAAAACACGGCGAAGCUAAACCAUGUUUCCAACGCCUCAGUGCUCAGUGGCUAUGAGGAACAAGACAAAAGACCCAAGCAGAUGUUACUCCUGGAAGAUACUGGGUCUGUUAAGCCAGUGCCAAUGUUGGUAGCAGUAAAUGGGAAUGUCCCCAGGGAUACACCAACCAAGCCAAUUCGCAAAGAUCCCCUGCAUCACAAAGAGCAUUUACAAAGUACACAUCUCCCUCAGACACCUCUACAUGAAUCAGCCAAAGCCAUACCCAAAGAUGUUCUGUAUCACAAAGAGAAUAUACAAAGUAUUCUACCCUCUCGCUCACUCACGCCUGAGGUGACCACAAGGACUAGUACAGAGACAGUGUCAGCACAGAAUGAAACUGUCAAGCCACUCAGGAUGCCAUACCAAAUACCAAGAAAGCUUCAGACAGGGAACAGAACGCUAUUAACUUCUGAGGAUAUAAAAGGCAAACUUGGUUCAAAACCAGCUGGGAAAUUCAGUCUGUUAUUAGAUAAUAAAUUACACAACCUAAAGAAUGGUGAAAGCUGUGCGGGUCAAGAGGCUCCUUCAGCUUCCCCACUUUCUCUUCUUAUGGCGGCUCAGGAAAGAGAGAGGUAUAAGGGCUUCCAGUCUCAUGAAAACGGGACCAUAAAGAAUGAUCAGCGCAGAGGAAGCAUUCAGAAGAAUAAUUCCAUUCCCAAACCUUUAUCUACUUUGCCAAGAUCCCUCUCAAGCGCUUCUCUCUCACAUCAGGAUAAACUCCAAGUAAGUCCAACGUCCGUCAGUCCUGUGCAGUAUUCGGAAUCAAAACCAGCAACUAUCGCACGGAUGAAUAAAGAGGCAUCAGCUCCAGCUUCAUCUACAGAUAUGAGCAACCGAAGUGUGGAGAGGAAAGAUUCCAAUGUUAAAUAUGGAGGGGACAAGGGAUACGUAGGUAUGCCGUUAGUCCCUCCACCUCCAGAAUUCGAUGAUUUUGAUAUUGAGUUGACUCCCUCCAGUCGUCCUCCCGCCCCACCAUUAAAAAUGGCACCACGACCAAAUAUAAACUCUCUUCCACCUGAACCUAAACCCUCAAAACACCCCACUCCUAAUGUUGGUGUCCAAACUAACCCACAGUUCCAGACUAAUUCUAGGAUAGACCCUACACAGCGGCCAACAACGCUUUCGCCAGGCCAGGCCACACUUGUGAGCAUCCUACAAAAAAAGAUGCUGGAGAUGGACCACAAAAUUAUUACCACACAGGAGGCAGACUAUGACGCUGAAGACUGGGGUGUCCCACUUUCUGAGGACAUCAAAGUACCUCUCAUCCCAAAGACCAGGCCACAGGCCAACAGUAUUUCUACUGGGACCAACCCAACACCAAACCACCACAAGCAGGAGUUGGGAGGCAAAGCGGUGAAAAAAUAUCCAGACAUUAACCGCAAUGAACCACAGUCAGUCCAUAUCCAUCAGUAUGGGAUGACGUAUCGAGUUCGGCCUGGAACCAAACAACCCAUUACUCUCAUUAGAAAAGGACCAUCAUGAGUAAAUAGGAUUGGUAUUCCUCCAUUAUGUAUAUAAUCAAUUUCACAUCAUACGUAGUGCACAGUAGGAAUACUGUAUGCACCAGUGGAGAAAAGAACAAAUGAGAUACAGGUCUUUGCAGGGUUUGCCCACUAACUGCAAGGGAAAUUGGGUUCAAGCCACUGUUGGAAUCACAAUGCUGCUGUAAUAACUGGGCAUUUGUUACCAGAUGUGGUGAGAAGCAAAACAAACAAACACUGCAAAUGUGUAAUGCUGAACGCUAACAGAAGUCACACUUUUAAAUUAGUAGCAGUGAGCACAAUAAUAAAUCGUAACAUUAGCAUACAUGUUGUUCCAGGAUAGUAUAGCUGUUCAAGGGUCACCAUGACAAUGAUCACACUAUUCUCAUUUUUACUAGCCAGUUUACCAUAAGCAGGAUUUUACAGCUGUUAUAGAUUUUAUAUUAGUAUUUGUUUGUCUACCAUGUUGGAGGUCGAGAUCAGUAGGAUAAGCUAGGCUUGAAAGGGAAAGACUAGUAGACCGACUCACAGUCGUUUGUUUGUUCAUUUUUUUCUGUAUCUGUAACCCUAAUCAAUUAAUAUUAGCUAUGUUAUAAAUUUUCCAAUCUCCUUAGAUGUGCUAAAAUGGGGUUUAAAAAGUUGAUAAAGUACAGAGAAACUUUGGAUGCAGUGGCAAAGACAGCCUCACAAUGAUAUAGAGAAGCGGAAAUAAAACUGAGACUGUUUCAAGGCUAGAUAGCAGUUAGCAUGGUGGGAGUCAGCAGAAUCUAUAUUUCUGACAUGUAUAAAUAUUUCAUAUAAUACCACAGCAACGAUCGACCAAUAUCCAAUCUAAGAUAUAUUAUAAGUAUGUGCUUCCUAACAGUACUGGGCUAAAUUGUAAAUAAUGAAAUUGGAGAUAGGCCUAUGCACUCUAUAUACAGUAUUUAACAUGCGUUUUCUAACUUUGAUAAGCGUUAAAGCUUACCUUCAACAAAGUGCUCGAAUGUAUGGACUGGGUAUCUUGCCAGAUAGAGAUCAGCUCUGCUGUGUGUGGUGUAACUCUGUGUGGAGAAGUGGUAGACCAUGUAUUCGUAAAUUUGUGGACCAGCACACCCUGGUACAAUUAAAAGACGGACGUCUUCGGCCGUGAUCACAGCCGACUUCAAUCCUGUCUAAUCAAAGCGGAUCCUCUCAUUUCUAUUUGAAUAUGGUUUGCGAGUUACGCACUGAUAGUCUUUGACAUGGCGUACGAAGAAACUGAUUUGCUCCAGUCCAGGAGGUCGAAGGGUGCAAAAUAUAUUUAUACAGAAUUAUAAGCAGACCUCCACGAGCAGAUGAUGUGAAGUUGGCUUGUGAGAAAAUCACAGAUCUGCGCCGUGAUAUGGGCACUUAUAUUAGGUAAUUAGAAACAAAUCAUAGAAAUGACUUUACAGGGUCUUUAAGAAUUGCUCAUUCUCCCAUGUCCACAGUAAAAUCAUGUAUUUUUUUUUAUAAUAAAAAAAAAAAAAGACUCAUACUACUGCUUUGUGUAUUUGUCACUAAGGCCGUUUUGAACCGAAAGCGUUUAAUCUUGUAAAACUCAUUGUUCACGGCACAGUUUAAGAUCUUGAAUGUAAAUUUUAAGUGUAAAGUAAAUAUAAGCACAUGCCAUAUAGCUGUAAUCUUCAUUCACUGGUAAACUAUGUAAUGUGGGGUCUUUACAAAGAUUGCAAUUUGCAGAAGUUUGAUUUUGACUAUUUGUCAUUUUAAUUAAUGGAUAUAUAUAUAUUAUUUUGCUGUAAAAAUAUGCUAGUUGAUAUACAGCAAUAUAUUUGUGUAUAUAUAUUUAUAUGAUAGGCUCUAUGAUUGAAAUACUCAUCACCAAAGCAAAAUGUAUUCAACGAUCUCAACCUGGUAAAUAAAAUUGAUCAGAAGCGUUAAAUUUUGUGUGUGUACGCCAAAUGGUAGUGCCGCUUGAUUACUCCCAGUUUCCACUAAUCUACAGUUGCUUGAGGAACAAGCAUCGCUGUGAUGAUGAGCUACAAAUCCACCUAAUAAUUGCAUGGCUGCUCAGGUAAGAGAAAAUGUCGUGGCGGCGAGAGUGCAGUGUUAUCUCUGAACACCUGCAGCACUUCAGGCUAGGUGAACCACACAUGCCUUAACAUUGAAAAUCCUUGUACAGAUUUGAUGAACAUGCUAUUUCUGUCUAAUUAGUGUGUGAUGAGCUAAAAAGCAUGAAUACAGAAAAUUAUUCAUCGUUUAAUAAAUACUUUUUUUUUUUUUGUUUAAACAAUGAUGUCAACUAGUAGGCUGUCCUCUUGACCAGACAUUUUCCUUCUAUAAAUAUACUGUAAUACAAUAGCAGUUUUCCCAUUAGCAUUCCUUGCCUUUGCCCUGCUGGCUCUCCUUGAAGUCAGGAAUGUUUUUUCUUUGUUCACAAUGGACGCCCUCUUGAGUGUAGUCAGUGGCACUGUAAAGCUUUGAUUUGACAACCUUUAUUUUCCAAAACGUAACAGAUGAUAUGCAAACACAACAGACGUGAAACGAUUCUAUCUAAAGUUCUACUGUACACAUAGACAGUAUACCCAUGAGGUGUUAAAACGGUGAUUAGGUCUAAGGUGAGCUGAGGAUACCACCUGUUGGCUCAACCUUGUGGUGAAGCACAAAGUGAUCCCAGCCCACAGUGGUGAGGUUAUUCGUGCCUCCCUGAACCCAGCACACACCCUUAACAAAGUCCUGGUGGCGUCGAUCUCUAAAUCUACAAAAGGAAAUGAGAGGAAAAAAUAGUUAACACAGUAUAUUAUAAACUCAGAAGAGCAGGUAAUAGGUCUUAAGGAGGUUGUGCCAAAACUCACACUUCCUGCAGUUCAGAGUUUAAAACGGCAAGGGAGCAAUCGUUGCUAAUGGAGGCCAGCAAAGAGGGACUGUGAUCAAAAAAAUAAAUUUAAAAAAUAAUAUAUAUAAAAAAGGCAAACUUAGGCGGCUGUGUAAGCAUUCAUGUGUACCUGUGUGGAGAAAAGGCCAGCCCGUUAACUCUGCGGUUGUGGACGCUUGCCAUGCGAGCCGGCUCGGUCGCUAGGAAAUCUUUAAUGGUCACUCUCCCGAGCUCGUCACCUGAGGUACAAGGAAUGCGAUUUAAGAUGGA